AGCCCGAGUGUUUCCGGGUCGCUCGGCGACCUUGGCCCCGUGACCCGGGCAGUGCAGCCUGCGAUGCCCGCGGGAGUCGGCUGCCGGCCUGGCGGGAGCGUGCGGGGAGCCCGGGCAGGCGGGAGAACGCGCGGGGUCGCCGGGAUACACCCCGAGACCCGGGGGCCGGGGGCCCGCGCGAGGGCCUGAGGAUCGUGCGUAGCCAGCCUGAGGCAGCUCCCGGGGGCCUCGCUGGUCCCGUGGUUCUGCACCGUGGGGACCUGGACCAAGCGCGUUGGCUAAUCAAACCCGGGGACGCGGCUGAGGAAGCUUGCUCUCCGACAGCCAGCGUUGCUGUGGUAUGCCUUCGGUGGUCUUUAUCAACUAGGCCUUAUCAGUCGUUAUAAACACCUUUCCUGAACCUGAGGGGACUUGGAAGCUGUGGAUAUAUAUAUUUCAAAAAGGAUGUCCCGCACUAUGGAACCGCUGGCAAAGAAGAUCUUUAAAGGAGUUUUAGUAGUUGAACUUGUGGGCGUUUUUGGAGCAUAUUUUUUGUUUAAUAAGAUGAACACAAGUCAAGAUUUCAGGCAAACAAUGAGCAAAAAAUUUCCCUUCAUCUUGGAAGUUUAUUACAAAUCCAUUGAGCAGUCUGGAAUGUAUGGAGUUAGAGAGCAAGAUCAAGAAAAAUGGCUGAAUAGCAAAAAUUAAGAAAAAAGACAGUAAUGCCUGCCAUUCUGGAACAGGAAGUAAAGCAUUUUAGACUUACCUGAAGGAUAGUCUUUGCAAAAAGGGCCACAGAGGGAUGAAAAUGCUCAGACAGCUAAAAAGAAAAAUGUAAGCAAAGUCAACUCUUACUACACUAAACCAAAGAACUGAAACUUGAGCCCAUUGUAUUUCUCAAUUUUGCACACACAUUACUUAAGAUUUUCUAUAUGCAAAUGUAGAAACAUAAAUGCAUAAAUUUAGGGGUGACUGGA